UCCAGCCUGAGCCUUUCCUGUGACCAGUCAGAAAGCCUUUGUUUCAGAAAACAUUUCAUUUUCCUUCCGUGUCUUCUUGAAGAAGAGAGGUGACUCCACAGCAAGAUGAGAACCAUCAUUCUAAUUGUGUGCCUGAUAGGCACAGCUCUCGCCAGCCCAAUCCGCAAAACUCGAGAUGUGAGCAGUGAGAGUAUAGAGGGAGGAAAUUCAGACAGUGAUGAGAUGAACCCCUUGGUUGAUCAGCAGUACUUUCUCUAUCCACGUAGAUCCCAUUCUCAAAUCCCUUCACGGCCUAGAUAUUACCCAGAGGUUUUCCCUGCUGUACCUCCUGAAUAUUCCCCUUACCACAGCAAAUCUUAUCAGCCUUUUCAUUCCCAAUACUUUGCAAGGUAUCCUGAUUACGCUCAACAGCCUUUCUAUUCUGAUUACAAUGAACACCCAGGGUCUAUGGUGUAUGACAGUUAUCCGUACAAGUACCAUCUCUUCCCUUUGAUAAAGAGGAUUCAUAAUCUGGUAGCAUAUCGUCUGGGGCACCAUUCUACAGGCAACAGAUUUGGGGCCAUCCGUGAGAGUGCUCCACAGGUCACACCAAGCAGUAUGGAAAACACUAGAACUGAGAAACCCAUGGAGAAUAUCACUCCUAGAAUACCAAGCCUGGAUGGUAUCUUCAUGUAUAACAAACCAAAUGAGGUCCCGCAUGUUUCUGAGCACAAUACUGAGCUUGCCCACUUCACUGGGAACUACCUUGAGCAAUCGACAGAUGAAAUAACUGAUGAAGAAGAUCCAUAUGAUGUUCUACGAAACUCUGACUCCAUAGGGGUGGAACAUUUUCGGUCAUCCGGAAUUGACAUUAGUUAUGAGCAAGUUGGCCACGAUAUUACCUCUUCAGAAUCAGCAGAUGAAACCUUGAAUAAUCAGGAAUUGGAAAGUCAAGGAGUGUCUCAGGUAGAUUACGUGGAUGAUGACAAUGAAACGAAUAAGGCACAGGACAUCAGGACUGAGUCAGUACAAAUGACUGACAGCGACAGCAGAGGUGAUUCCAGUGAGAGCAACACUUCUGAAUCCACUGGGGAUGGAGAUGAAAACAGAGUGGAACAGAAAACUGAUCUCAGAGUGGAGUCCACUGAGGAUAACACAGCCGAGGACACUGAAGACAGUGAGGAUGAAGAUAGCAAAGCUGACCUGAGAAACAAUGUCAUUGAUGACGACAAAACUGAUUCCAAUGAAGACUAUGAUAAUGACGAUGGCAAAGCUCACUUGGGAUCGGAGUCCACUGAGGAUAACUCUGAUGAAUCCACUGAGGAUGAUGAUAAUAGCAAAGCUGACUUGAUGGUUGAUUCCAAUGAGGAUAACUCAGCUGAGUCCAAUGAGGACAGUGAUGAAGAUAGCGAAGCUGACCUGAGAAUGCAAUCCAUUGAGGACAGCACAGCUGAGUCUACCAAGGACAGUGAUGAAGAUAGCGAAGCUGACCUGAGAGGGCAAUCCAUUGAGGAUAGCAUAGCUGAGUCCAAUGAUGACAGUGAUGAAGAUAGCGAAGCUGACCUGAAAGUGCAGUCCAUUGAGGACCUCACAGCUGAGUCCAAUGAUGACAGUGAUGAAGAUAGUGAAGCUAAACUGAGAGUGCAAUCCACUGAGGACAGCACAGCUGAGUCCACUGAAGACAGUAAUGAAGAUAGCGAAGCUGACCUGAGAGUGCAGUCCAUUGAGGACCUCACAGCUGAAUCCAAUGAUGGCAGUGAUGAAGAUAGCGAAGCAGACCUGAGAGUGCAAUCCCCUGAGGACCUCACAGCUGAGUCCAAUGAUGACAGUAAUGAAGAUAUCGAAGCUGAUCUGAGAGUGCAUUCCCCUGAGGACCUCACAGCUGAGUCAAUGAUGACAGUGAUGAAGAUAGCAAAGCUAACCUGAGAGUGCAGUCCAUUGAGGACCUCACAGCUGAGUCCAAUGAUGGCAGUGAUGAAGAUAGCGAAGCUGA